AUCUUACAAAAAGCUUGUAAUUCAUAGUUUUUAUUUAUUCAUACUUUUACUUGGCGCCUCAAUAAAUAAUAACAACACUUUCCAAAAUUUGUGAGAGCAAAUUGGCCUAACACAAAAAUUAGAAAAGUUUACGCCCUUUUUUCAAAAAACUGAAAAAAUGGAAAAUCAUUAUUACGAAAAUGAAAAUGAAUACACGCCCGUUUUGGGCAAAGAAAAAGACGAUUAUGCCUCAAAACGUGGAGCAAAAGGUUUUUGUUCGGCGAUUAGAAAUAGUCCUUAUUGGGGCAUAUUUCCAAUUUUACUGGCUAUAAUAUCGCACAAUUUCACUUGUUCGUCAGUCGCGCCAGUGUUUUCGGUUUUCGCCGAAAAAGUACAUGCGAAGUGGUCUAAAACGUACACCGGCUGUGUGAUUGGCUCGUUUGAUUCUGGCAACAUGAUUUCGAGCUUUCUUAUUGGUGCGUUGUUUGCCAAGUACCUGAAGGGACAUCUCUACAGAACUCUGAUGGCUGCCACUUUUUUGUCUGGGUUCAUAAGCUUCAGCUUUGGUUUCGUCAUGGAAACAUUCGACUCCGCAAGUAUAGUCCCGACGUGUAUCAUAUUACGUCACUUAGAAGGAGGCUGCUUCUCCGUAGCCUGGAUAUCCGCACUCUCAAUUGUGAUUGGUCGAUUUGGAGAAGGCAGUAUCAGCACUUCUUUUGCGGUUGUGAACAGUGCAGGAGUAACUGGAUUCAUGAUUGGUCCAGCUCUUGGAACUGGAAUCCUGGCAAUCAGUGAUGAGUAUCUGUAUCCCUUUCUAUUCACAGGAACCUUCAGUAUAAUUGCAGCUACUGUUCUAGUGUUUUAUCAGGAAUCCCAACAAUUAGAAAACGGACCUGCUCAUGAAUUCUUAGAAUACAACAUAGUCGAGGGCGGGAAAUUUUCCCUGAUGAAAAAAGUUAUGAUCAAAACUGAAAUGCCAUAUUAUCUCUUGAUUUUACCUGUGCCAUGUAUAGCAGUAGGGUGCUUUGAAGUCAGUAUUUCGCCCUAUUUUGACAAACCUUUCCCCCUAGUUGCCGUUUCCGCGCUCUGGCUCGGAACUACCGGUCUUUACACUGUCACUUCUCUAGUUUGUGGCACUCUUUACGACGAAGGCCACUACAAAAUAAUAGUCGGAUCAAGUGUUAUUUUGCUUACUGGAUGUGUCGGCCUAUGGUUACAUCUGCCAGCUUGGAUGCAGGCAGUUCUUCUAUUCUGCUUUCCGCUUAGUUGCGCAUCACUCAUCGCACCCAUUUACAGAUUCAUAAGGUUCGCGUUUCUCGAUAUCGAAUCUGUCGAGAGUGUGGAUCUUCUCGUUUCGUCACUCAUAAACGCAGUCUACUCUCUGAGUCGAGGCCUAGGAGCGUUCAUUUUCGGCGGGAUCCUUUGGGAGUCCCUUGGCUUCCAUGGAACAUGGCUUUGCGUCUCGAUGUUAGCUCUAGUGGUUCUGGCUCUGACUUUGAUUCUCACUUUGAACGGAACCCUUGAUAGACUGAAAUAUCUUACGCUUAGCACGGCAGAAGAAAAAUAG